GGCCAUCCUUCCCGUUGCCUCUUGCUUUAGCCCGACCAGCCAUGCGUGCCCAGCCUCGGAUCUACACUCUCGACCCGCACACACGCACCCGCAUGCGCACAUGCACGCACACAUCCAUCUGGCUAUGCGUGUGUGCUAAUGGCACUGGCAGCGCUCUCCCGCCCGCACUGCUGCUGCGCGCUUGCCCUGCCCCGCCGCCCCGGCGUGCCGUGCCCGCCUGCCCUCCCGUUGUCGCCCUGACUGGCUCUGCUGCAAACAAUAGCGUCCUCGUACCCUACCCUACCGGACCAUACCUGCCCUGUCCGGCCCUGCCCUGCCCUGCCAUGCCAUGCAGCUAGCCAGCUGCCAGAUGGUCCAGGUAGGUAGGGAGUUACGCGCGCUGGUAGGCUGGCAAAACUCUGUCGCCGCGGCCAUCUAUGUAUAGGUAGCCAAGCAACAGGCUCGGUCACGUCGCCACCAAAAGCACCGCCGUACCGUACCGCACUGCAGCGGCGUUGUGUGUGUGCGCAUGUGUGUGUGCGUGUGGGCUUUUUUUAUCCACACCCUACCUUACCAGCUCUGCUCCCCACCAUCCCAACCCAAAGUAGCACGCGCGCCCGCGCCCGCAUCCGCGCUCCACCCUCCACCCAUGCCCCAU